AACCCACACGCGCGCACUGUACCGCCUCUUUGACCACGAAGACCAAACAACCAAUUAAUUAAACCACUCCUAGCGGUCUUCGCCUCUUCCCUUCUCGCCCUCCUAUUAAAGUAAAAGACAGAAGCGCUACCGGAGAAAGUCAGUAGGGCAGAUAACGUCAUUCGUCUUUCCGCUUGUCCCCAUCUCCUUUGACCAUCUCCUUCUUACCCCCGACCUCCCCUUCAAAAUCAACCCCUCCCUUCCCCUCCCCUUUCCCAACCCUCGGUUCGAGAUUUCUCUCCAUUGAGACUCUUGCUCCCUAGCCUUCAAUCCCCAGUUGAGGAGAUGCGGAAGGACGAUCUAUGCAUCACGGUCCCCAGCUUCUUCAAGUGCCCGAUAUCGCUGGACGUGAUGAAGUCGCCGGUGAGCCUCUGCACCGGCGUUACCUACGACCGGUCGAGCAUCCAGCGUUGGCUUGACAGCGGCAACAAUACGUGCCCUGCCACCAUGCAGGUCCUCCAGACCAAGGAGGUCGUCCCCAACCACACCCUCCACCGCCUCAUCCAGAUGUGGUCGGAGACCGCUUCCACCAAGCGGCACCUACACCCGAACGGCCCCUUGGACCACCGGAAACAGCAUGCCGAUUCUGUCCAGCCGCCGGAUGACCUCCCGAAGGUCAUUGUCGGCGUCCGCGACGGUGCGAUCGACUCCGUCAAGAGGGUGGCGCAAAUUGUCCAGUCCAGCGAGCAGUGUCGCGAUGCGGUGGCGACGGCCGGAGGUGUUGACGCGAUUUCUGGCGUUCUUCGGGUGGAGAAGGGGAUGGCGGUGUUGCAGGAAGCCGUUAAGGCCCUGGGGCCCAUCUUGGCCGUCCGAUCGGACCGCGCGGCCGCGGAGAUGCUCACGACCCCGGAGGCGGUCCGAUCCUUCGCGGCCGUCCUCGCCGAGGGGAAUGACCCUGAAGCGGUGGCGGAAUGCGCGAGGGCGAUCGAAUCGCUUGCGACCGCCAACUCCGAGUCGAGCUCCGCCAUUUCGGCGAGCGACCCCAUCGUGGCAGGCCUCGUGAAGGUGAUCACCGCCGAUUCGCCGGCGGGCGCCCGCGAGGUCGAGGCCGCGGUGUCCUGCAUGGCGGCGAUUGCCGCCUUGAGGCGCGCCCGGACACGGGUUGUGAGGCUGGGGACGGUUCCGGCAAUUGUGAGGUUCCUACAGCGGCCGGAUUCCGGCGCUGCAGCCUUGGAUAAGGCAAUGAAGGUGCUGGAACUCGCGUCGACGUGUGCCGAGGGGCGAGCGGCGAUAUGCGAGUCGCCUGAGUGCGUGACGUCGAUAGUUGGGAAGCUGAUGAAGGCCGGCGGGCCGGCGACGGAGAGUGGGGUAGUGGUGCUUUGGAGCGUAUGCCACGCUUUCCGGGAUAGGAGGGCGGCGGAGGCGGUGGUGAAGAGCAACGGGCCGGCGAAGAUCUUGUUGCUGAUGCAGAGUAAUUGCUCGCCGGGCGUCCGUCAGAUGGCCGGAGAUCUCCUGAAGACGUUCCGUGCUGAUUACAAGAACUGCCUCUCUCGCUACGAGAGUAAGGCGACGCACAUAAUGCCCUUCUGAGAAAACACCUGAGAAUCCCCGUCUCUUCCUCCUCUCUUUUCCCCCUUUUCUCUCUUCAUUUUCUCUGAUUUUGUGUAUGAGAAAAAUUGUAAAUCCUAGGAUCUAGAAAUGGAAAAAUGGGGAAUUCUCGCCA